ACAAAUCCUGGUUCUCAAACAUCUUCUCUUAACCAAAGUUAUAUCUUCUCGAAAUCAGAAGCUAAGCCUAGUACUGUCUUCUUCAGCAAACUUUGAUGUUGCUUGCAAUUUAUUUGACACAUAUUCCUAGAUUAUCCGAAUCUUCUUUUACUCAAAGUCCAUGUUUUUUCUUGUAUGUCUUGGUUUUUACAAUUGAUAGCUCAACCUAAUACCAACUUGAACGUAGGAGGUUCAGGUAACGGAGUUGAGAAAGAUGUGCGUGGAACAUUGCAGACUAGCGAUUCCACAAUUUCAGAAUUUGGGAAGCGUGAUUUUAAAAGUUUGGCUAGCUGGUUUCCUGGAGUACAUGGUGAUUCUACUCAAUUGUCUGAAUCCACAUCUAAUUUAGGUGUCAAGAAUUUCUCAAAUCAUGCAUCACUAUAUGAAACUAAUUCCAGGAGGUCUCGUCCAUCUUUCCUAGAUUCUAUUAAUGUGGCAAGGCCUACUCUGGCAUCUCCAUUCUCACAAAGCAAACCAUAUGAAUCUUUCAUGUCUGUUGCUACCAAUUCAAAUGGUACAGAUGUUCAAGGGCCAUCCACACUUACUAAGCCAUUUGUGGAGAAUGAAACAUGACCUUUCUCAAACUCCAAGCCAUCCAGUGCAACGAAUGUGUAUGAAUAUUCAUGGAAGUCUUCAAUAUCCUCCUCCAAUGUGAUUGAUGUACCAAGAUCAUAUACCAAUGACAAUAACAUAGGGGGAAAGCAUGAGUUUUAUGCCCCUCAACGAAAUGAAGAUUUUUUAGCAUUGGAACAGGUGUGCACACAUACUUAAAUAUGAUUGAAAUGACAUCUUGCUUUAUAUAUCAUUAUUCCUCACUUUUGAAAUAGGUGUGUGUACUUCAAAUUACUUCUUUCUAAAUAGAAAAGAACACAACUCUGGCCAUCGUCUUGAUAGCAUUUUAGAUUUCAGUUACUUCGUUUCGUCUUUGUAAUUCCUGAUAUACUAAGAACAUAUUGACUGGCCUUUCCAUAGCAAGUUUGACCUAGCUAUUGUUUAACUUAUCCCGACUUUAGGCAUUAUGAACGAAUUGAACAAAUGACUACGGUGGCAAUGUGCGAAUGUGAUCAUGUGAACUUGCCUUUCCAGUUUUAUGUUUGCUUUGGUUCUUCACUAUCAACAUCCUCAAUUAUUGAAUCUUUUCCAGUUUUCUCUCGACAUACAGAGCCUUUUAACACUAUAUGAUAAAGUACUCUGUAAUACUUUUAGUUCUCAAGAAAAUAGAACUAAAAUUGAAGGUUCCUUUGGAAUGACCAAAACUAAUCUUUUGUAUUAUUCUGGCCUAGACGUCUGAUCCAAUUAGAUAAAGAAUUUGCUGAACUUUUGUUUCUAAGGAGAAAGUAUAGAGUUGAACAUUCCUUUGUUAUGGCUACUAAUCUUUUGUAUACUUCAUUAACUUGUCCGUUGGUGUUACUGCUUUGACGAAAGCUGCUUUGAGUGGCCUUAUGUUAACAAUCAUUCUUGUUGCAUGUGUUGUUAUCUAACACAUAGAAGAUUUGACCCAAGAGAAAUUUUCACUACAACGAGCUCUGGAAGCUUCAAGUGCAUUAGCAGAGUCAUUGGCUGCCGAAAAUACGUCGUUGACGGAUACCUAUAAUCAACAGGGUGGUUUAACAAAGUAGAUAGUUUUUGUGUGAAAUUAUGUUAUAUUUUCUCUCUGCAGUUGACCUUGUUAUGAUUAUAAAAAUACAUGAUAAAAUCUACUGUGAUUUUGAACUUACUAACUGACUACGUUUCUUUUGUUUCUGGAAUCUGAGUGACUAUCUUUGUGAUGUAAACAUUUGGUUUUCUUGUAGUUAAGUGACUGGGUGUAAGACACCCUUAGGGUGAUGAAUCCUGUAUUGGGGGCGCUUAAUUGGAGUCAUUAGGACUAAAUUUGAAUUGGUGGCAAAUAUUGUAUUGAUUUAGAGAAACUCGAACAACCUUCAUCUGCAACUUUUUGAAACAAUAGGUGCAAGUAGACUACAGAUGGAUAAUUCUGUUUGAUAUAUGUAUAUUUCCUUAUUGUUAUGGCCAUAAUCAUCUCUUGGUUUGUUGAACUUGUUCUGCAUCAGAGAGGCACUGCCAACCAACUAAAAUCAGAGAUGGAGAAGUUACAAGGAGAAAUCAGGGCCCAUUUGGUCAGUAAUUUGAUCUUUUAACUUUUUCUAUGAUGUGAAUGCCCUUUUAGACGUCUUUUGUGCAUAGGGAUACUUGCUGCAUUACUUUGCUAUUUAGUGUGUAGAGCAACGGAGAUAAGUUGCUUACUCAUCUUUUUACUCUUUUGAUCUUCAAGAGUGUUGGAUUCUAAUUGUUCACGGGCAAUGAUAGUGUCAAUAUACCUAAGAGUUUCUUUGAGAAAAGGAAUUACUCACUGUUUCUAUCUCAUUAAGCCGGGUGAAUAUGCAGUUUGUUAUUUGUGUGGUUCGAUUUAGGCUUUCCAACUUGUUACUCGGGCCACAGCUCUGAAUCUCUCAAAAUUCCAUUUAUUGGGUGGUUAUUUACCAUUGUAAUUAUAUAUGAUUGAGUCUGGCAGGUGGAACUUGAGUCUGUUAAAGUUGAGUAUACAAAUGCACAGCUUGAGUGCAAUGGUGCUGAUGAACGAGCUAAACUAUUGGCUUCGAAAGUGAUAGGUUUGGAAAAAAAGGUAUUGACUUGAUUUUCUCUUCUGCAUCGAAAGGCUUGUCCAUUGAUACUCCCCUCCCCCCUCCGUCUUUCAUUAUCAACAAGGUCCAUUGCUCAUAGGUUUAGACGAAUAAAUGCAUAUGGAAUUAGAUCCCAUUUAUAUAGAAUGUUGGUUUUACUUUUGUGUUCCUAUUUUAAAAUGGUAAAUAAUUUCCACCUGUAGUUUCCAUUCUUAGUCUGAAGGACGUCGUUUAUUGUGUUGGUCCAUCUACUUGAAUCCUGUGUAACCGAUACUCUGACCCUUUCCAGUUACGAAAGUGACUCAGAUAUUUAUGACGGAAGUCUUGAAUUGCGGCUUGCCAUGAGUUACUUUGUAUGAACCUCUACCAGCUUGGUAUGUGCAUAAUAUGUUGGAGCGGUCGAGAACAGAACAAGAUAGGUUUAUCUAUGAUCAAUGAGCUCAUUAGACCUCUGGGAGUGAGCAUUUGUUGCUUAUUUAUGAAAUUCUUCACCUUAAAGAUAUUUUAUUUGCUAGUGGUGAACUCAAACGAAGACUGUAGUUAAAUCUAAUUGUUAUUUUCAUUCUGUCUAACCAACGUAAUGGAACCGUUGUCAUUGCAGGCACUCAUACUGAGGUCUAAUGAGCUUAAGCUGGAGAUGAAACUUGAAAACUCACAUGCUGAGAUUGCUUCUAGCAAUUAUGAUUUUAUUUUAUUUGAUUGCAGAUGAGAUGUAUGUGGCGUCUUUAUCACACCUUGGUUCUUCAUCUCACUAUUUUUUCUUUUCUAUUUUCAAGCAUGCUGUUCAUACACUGUUGAUCCAUCAAGUGUAGUCAAUCUAGAUGCAUGCUCACAUUGCGAAUUCGUAUCUAUAUAAUGUGAAGGGCCUUUGAGAUCAUGAAAACAUUUAGUUAGGAAGAAAUUACACGUGAAUGUAUAUGCAUUAGUGAACGAAAAUGUUUUGACUUGCACUAUAUGUCCUCUCAUGAUGGUGUACUUAGUUACUUUUAGAAAUGGCCUUUGUUUGCCCGGCUAAAAUUUGCAUUCAGAUAAUUGCGUCUUAACAUGUUUUUAAUGGAUUGUUGUGUCAUAAGUUUGCUUUCACGUCAAGGUGUUGUCAUAUUUCGUCAUGUGGAAAGUGUUUGACAAUCUUGCAGAAAAAAAUCUCCAACCUUGAGAGAGAACGCCUAGAUCUACAUUCAACUAUUGAUGCUCUUCAGGAAGGUAUUCCCUCACUAUAUUAGUCCCUUAUUUAAUUGAAAUGACAAUUUUCUCUGCAAUUGCUCAUUUCAAAUUCCAGAAGUCUUUCCAGAUGCUUCGGAUCAGGAAUCCUUUGAUGCGGCAUCACUUCCCGGAAGUAAUGUCCCUAUUUCUUUUGUUUCGCCUGAAAUUGGACAGCCAAACGAUGGGGUUUCAUCUCCAUCCAUUCCUGCCGAUCAGUUAAGAACGAUCCAAAAUAUUAAUGAAAUAAUGUCUGAGUUAGCAUUUGAGAAAGAAGAAUUGAUGAAAGCUUUAGCAUCCGAGUCAUCUAAAUGUUCGAAGUUGAAGGAUUUGAACAAGGAUCUUUCACGUAAACUUGAGACUCAAACUCAAAGAUUGGAGCUCUUGGCUGCUCAAAGCAUGGCCACCGAGAACAUCACAUCUAGAUUACCCGAGUCCCGUAGCAUGCAAGAGAAUCUUGCAUACGCUGACGAAGGAGACGAGUUAUGUUCUCGAUAAUAAUCUCUACUAUCUUGUUACAUGGCAAGAAAAGGUUUAUACUUCCGCCUCAGCUUGCUGUUUGACUUGCUUGAUCGACCAUUUUUUACCAUCUCCAGGUUGUUGAAAGAGUAUUGGGGUGGAUUAUGAAGCUCUUCCCUGGAGGGCCAUCGAAAAGGAGAACCAACAAGUUGCUUUGACGACAAUCGACUGACAAUGGAUAUUGCUGUAUCUGACUGUUGUUUCCAUUCUUAGACACCCUAAGCCUUUUAAUCGUAGCACCACAGAGAUCAUAAUUUGUAUAUUGUCAAGAGUCGAUGUUAUACCUCGUCAAUUCUUUUGUAAGUGAUGAGAAAAUGAGGUUUCCACAAUUUUUUGAUAGAGAGAUGGAUAUGUCAAAUGAGUCAAGGCUCCGUGUUGUCCUGUGUCAAGUGUAUUGCACAUUGGUGAACAACCCAUGCAACUGGGACAUUGGUUGGUUAGCGACAAAAUAUGAGUUUAUAUGGGAUUUGACACUAAUAACAGUUGCACCAUCUAUAGUCUAUACUUGCUGGUUGUAUUCGCAAUCUUCUUUUUGAUAGAUCGAAUAAACGAAGUCAUACAAAAUGUAAUAUACAAUGACAGGAUUG